UGAGGCACGGGUGGCGGCGUUGGGAUGGUCGCGCCGGGCGGAAGAAGGGCUGGUGGGGGAAGGGUGAUGAGCUGAGGCCGCGCGGAAGGCAAAAAUGGAGGUGGAGUGACGUGCUUGCAGCCGUUCGGCCAUCAGGUUACACCUGGAGUAGAAAUGGUCGGUGGGCGAUGUUUAACUGGACGCAACAUUGGAAACCUGCUGAGGCCCUUUGGAGGAUAGAGGUGGCCAGAGAGGGAGGGGGGAAGAAUGACAUCGAUGUGUCUCAAGAUUUGAAGGUAGUCACUUUCAGGGCUGCGCACCAUCUGUGUCAGAGACAACUUGAGUGCUUGUUUGAAGAGGGCUCAUUUCGGGGCCACACCCAGACCCGCCCAAGCCGAACAUCCGGAGAUGGGCCUCGGGAAUUUGUAUUUUAAACAGCGCACUUUCCCGCUGAUUCUUGUGCUUCCCGGAUUUUGAAAACCGCUCUUACAAAGCGACACCCGUAGAACAUGCUGUUGCUUUUUCCCUGUCAUCAGGAAAGCUCUGUGUUAGUGAGGAAGCUCUUCCACCCUGAACAAGUAUCUGUCCCAAAGGUACUUGGUACUUUUUGUGUUAGGUAUUCCUACAUCUCAGUUUAGGUCAGUUUAGGUUUUGUCUCCUCCCUCCUCAUACCUUCCUGACACGAAAAGAUAACUUAUUUUUAAAGUAUUUAUUUCACAAUAUUUUGUUUCACACAGUACUGGUCGGGAUCACAAAUUUUUGUAGUUUAUAUUAAAAAAAAAAGCCAGACGUGUGUCUGAAGUUAAAAAAAAUGCGCAUAAUACAGAAGUGUGUAAAGUUUAACUGUUCAUUAACUCCUCAGGCUAGCUACUGUUAACUGCUUGAUAACAUCUUUCCUUUUUCCUACAGUACUCACAUUUUUAAACAACAGUGAGAUGAUUUUGUAUGCAUUGUUAUGCACCUUAAGUUUUUCAGGUAAUAUCAGGGACAGCUUUCCAUCAAAUAUACAUAUACUUUCUUUUAAACACUUGCAUAGUAUUGGUUUAGAGGGUUAUACAACAGUUUCGUUCGCCAGUUCCCCACUGAUGGAGUUUUAGGUUGUUCCUGGCAUGUUGGUUUGCAAACUGUGCUGGAACAUACUCUUGCUACACACUUUGCCUGUGUAGGUGUGUAACAGAUUUGGUAAGAACUAAACAUCUGAAUGGUACAGUAGUUUUCUUUUUUUUUAAGUUUUUAUUAUUUUCAAGUAUGUAGUUGAAAGAAUCAGACCGUGUUUAGUAGAGGUCCUUAGGGCUUUAAAGAAUUACGAAUUAGUUCUAAAUUUUGACAAGAAGUUUUUAAUUAGUCUUAAAAUCACAGUUGUCUUCAAAGGUAGAGAUUUGAAGAUGAGGUGUAGGAGUCUCUUGGACUAAGUGUAGGGUAAAAACCAGUCUUUCAUCAUCACUGAGAGAUGAAUAAACUGCUUUCUGAUUUCAGACCAGUAGAGGACACAAAUAAAAAAUAUAAUGUAGCAAGUGGUAAUAGGGGGGCUCUGCUGUCAUCAGCUUCCCUUGGGGUGUCAAAAGUCACCAAGGAAGUGACUUUUGGCCUAGGUAAAAGAAUAAGACUUUUCAAUAGAAAGUAGAUCACAGAAGAGGAAGAAGGACAGAUGCCUGAUACUAUGUGAAAUCCAAAGGCAGUGGAUUUCAAACUUUUUAAACCAUGACCCCCAGUAAGAAAUGUUUUAUAUUGUGACCCAGUAUGCAUAGGAGGGGGAAUGGUUAAGAACUCUGGCUCUGCGGCCAGAGUGGUUGGACUCUAAGACCAUACUUUCCAGCAAGUUAUCUUCUUCUCUGCCUCAGUCUCCCCUUUGAAAAUGAGGACAAUAAUACAUCUACCUAAUAGGAUCUCUGUAAGGAUUGAAUGAGUUAUUGAAAAAAAAAGUUAUUGCUUUAAAGAGUGCCUGAUACAAAGGUGCUUAACUUGUUGUGUUGGCUAUUCAAUAACAGAAACAGGUUCCACCAAACAAAACUUACCUUUGUUACUUACUUUUAUUUUCUGUUCUGUUCUAUAUCAUUAAUGGAGGGGAGCAGUUAAUACUCACGGGGGUACAACUUGUAGUUUGAAAAACUCAGUACUAAAAACACCUGGGAGGUAAGUGAUAAAAGGACUGGACACAUUGAAGAAACUGAGUUCAUCAUUCGUCAUGGUGGGGAUUGAGUGGUUCAAGUGGAAACUUGAAGAGUACCAAGCAGGAAUGGAGACAAUUUAUCAGCAGACGGCAAUUUCUUCACUGCCAAAAUGACAUCAUUUUCCACCUCUGCCCAGUGUUCAACUUCUGACAGUGCUUGCAGGAUCUCUCCAGAACAAACCAAUCAGGUACGACCAAAACAGCCACUUUUGAAGAUUUUGCAGGCAGCAGGUGCACAAGGUGAAAUGUUCACUGUUAAAGAGGUCAUGCACUAUCUAGGCCAGUAUAUAAUGGUGAAGCAGCUUUAUGAUCAGCGGGAGCAGCAUAUGGUGUAUUGUGGUGGAGAUCUUUUGGGAGAACUGCUAGGACGUCAGAGCUUCUCCGUGAAGGAUCCAAGCCCUCUCUAUGAUAUGCUAAGAAAGAAUCUUGUCACUUUAGCCUCUGCUACUACAGAUGCCGCUCAGACUCUCGCUCUCGCACAGGAUCACAGUAUGGAUAUUCCAAGUCAAGACCAACUGAAGCAAAGUGCAGAAGAAAGUUCCAGUUCCAGGAAAAGAAUGGAAGAAGGCAAUAUUCCUACACUGCCUACCUCACAACAUAAAUGCAGAAAUUCUAGAGAAGAUGAAGACUUCAUAAAAAACUUAACCCAAGAUGAGACAUCUAAGCUGGACCUUGGGUUUGAGGAGUGGGAUGUAGCUGGGCUGCCUUGGUGGUUUUUAGGAAACCUGAGGAGCAACUAUACACCUAGAAGUAAUGGCUCGACUGAUUUACAGACAAAUCAGGAUAUAGGUACUGCCAUUGUUUCAGACACCACAGAUGAUUUGUGGUUUUUGAAUGAGUCUGUAUCAGAGCAGUUUGGUGUGGGAAUAAAAGUUGAAGCUGCAGACACUGAACAAACAAGUGAAGAAGUAGGAAAAGUAAGAGACAAAAAGGUGCUUGAAGUGGGAAAAAAUGAUGACCUUGAGGACUCUAAGUCCCUAAGUGACGAUACUGAUGUAGAAGUUACCUCCGAGGAUGAGUGGCAGUGUACUGAGUGCAAGAAAUUUAACUCUCCAAGCAAGAGGUACUGUUUUCGUUGCUGGGCGUUGAGGAAGGAUUGGUAUUCGGAUUGUUCUAAGUUAACCCAUUCUCUCUCCACGUCUGAUAUCACUGCCAUACCUGAAAAGAAGGAAAAUGAAGGAAUUGAUGUCCCUGAUUGUCGAAGAACCAUAUCAGCUCCAGUUGUUAGACCUAAAGAUGUAUAUACAAAGGAAGAAAAAAACCCCAAACUUUUUGAUCCCUGCAACUCAGUGGAAUUCUUGGAUUUGGCCCACAGUUCUGAAAGCCAGGAAACCAUAUCAAGCAUGGGAGAACAAUCAGAUAACCUUUUCGAACAGAGAACAGAUACAGAAAACAUGGAGGAUUGCCAGAAUCUCUUGAAGCCAUGUAGUCUGUGUGAGAAAAGACCACGAGACGGGAACAUUAUUCAUGGGAGGACAGGGCAUCUUGUCACUUGUUUUCACUGUGCCAGAAGAUUGAAGAAGGCUGGGGCUUCAUGCCCUAUUUGCAAGAAAGAGAUUCAGUUGGUUAUUAAGGUUUUUAUAGCAUAGCUGACUCCAUGAAUUGCAGAGAAAUAUUAACAGGCUAGGUAUGUAUCAAAAUGUCAGUAUUGAGCAUCUCCACUCACCGUAACUCACUGCAUCUGUUUAUUUAUGUAAACAUCUGUGCGUCACAACAUUUUUCUCUCUACACUUAGAGGUAAUUUGAGAAUGAGUUCUUUAGAACUAGAUUAUCAAUUUGGGGGAACUACCAUUAAUAUGAAAAGAUGGCGUUAAUCACGUCAUUCUCUCUUUAAAGAUGAGGAUCUGGGAGAAAGCAACUUCCAGUACAGACAAAAGUACUUUAAUUCAUUCACUUACCCAGUUACUUGAAGAUUUAGUAUUUCUUCAAUUAAUUUUAUUCCCUAUUCUUUUUUUCUGUUAGGGAGUGUUCUUAGCCAUCAAGAUCCAAGGUGGCUGUUAGAAAAAUAUUAGAGCUAACAAUGAAAAAAACAUAAGUAAUUUGAUUAGUCAAGUUGUGUAAUGCUAUAGAUCACUUUAUGGUUGCAAUAGGCUGCACAAUUCAGAUACACCAAAAGAAAAGUCUUGAGAAACAAGAGCAUUUUUGCUAACAUACCCCUGAAAGAAUUUUGAAAAACUAUAUAUAACCUUUUGCACAUUUUACACCUUGGGGGUAUGAUUAGCAAACAAAGUGUUCCCUUCUCUUGAGUUGUAGACAUCUGAGUAGCCAACCUAAAACAAGCUACUCUAAGGGGACGGUUUCUGUCCCUUGUGCCCCUUUCCAAGCAGUUCCUUCUCCAUUUCAUGGUUCUCAUUCUCAGUUAGUUUUCCUUUUGCACAUGUUUAAUGUGACAUCUAAAUUUUAAAAAUAAAUUUAAGUACUUACAAAGGAUACCCUAUCCAAUAUAUUGUAUAUGUGCCUUAAAAAUAUUUUUCUCAAAGCCGUGGAGCUGUAGAUUUAGCUGAUUAAAUUUAUAGAAGUCCUGUCAUAUAAAGUAGCAAAGCCUGUUCUCAAUUAAAAUUCACCAGCCAAAUCAGAUUUCAUUUUCAGUCAGAAAAUGUUUGACUUUAUUUUUAAUUCAGAUAAAUGCAUUGACACAUUUGUGGCGCAACCUUCUCAAUUAUAGUUCUAAGAUAGAUGAGGUGCAGAGUUUUUAACCGAAGCUCUCUUUGCUUUACUCUGUCCUCAUUGUCCCUUGAGAAUUCUGUUUUUUUAAUUUUUUUAUUGUUGUUCUUUUGUUUGAUGCCUCUGGAGGUUUUUUACAAUCUGGAGCAAUGCCCCGUAGUAAGAUUCUAGAUGGGUAUGAGUCAGCCUUUCUUUUGGAAAUAGGGAGUAUGGCAGUUGUGAAAAUGAAAAUAAGUAAAGAAAAAUGUUAGAUCUGAAGAAGCCUUAUCUGAGCACAUAAAUCUUAGGGCAAUACAUAUGGAAAUUGAAGAUCUUUAAGCUGAUGUCCUUAUACAUAUUCCUGUCUGCUUUCCCCAUGGAAAAAUCUUGAUGUAUGCCCAGGGGUUUGCAUAUGAAAUUUUGAAGACCAUGGCCCUAGAAUUAAUAAAUUUACUGAUCAUAAAAAUCA